AAACACAACACAUAAUGUGCUGCCGCCACUGGGAGGGCGGACGGAUGCAAUGCAGAACACACACCACACCACGCACCAAACACAUCGAGACAGAGCACAAGCUGUCUCCAGACGACAACAACAGAGAACGCAGCAGCCCCUGUAGUAACAGAAAGAAGAGAUCCACCAGAAGAACCCCUCUCACUCCUCUCCUCUCCCUAGGACCGCAGCUCUGAAAUGGGCUGCUCCUCGGGACGCCAACCCCCGGCCCCGGUGCUUCAACCAGACCUGGACUGUGGCAGCAGCAUACCUCCGGAGUUUCCCCAUAGAGGGGACCUGGUCCAACCCCCAGAGUCUCUCUCCACACUAGAACGACUAGCCCAGGCCACUGGCGGCACGGAGAAGUCUUGGUACCGCUGUGUGUUCCCAUUUGGGGUUAUCUCCCUGGUGAUUGGUGUGGCGGGGACAGGGGUCACCUUCAUGUAUAACACGCCAGACCUGCACCAGACCAAGGUGGUGUCCAUGGUGUUGCUGGUGGUUGGGAUGGUCAUGCUGUUGAUGGCGGCAGUCUGCUGGAGGGACCACAGGCUGAAGAGAAGGAAGAAGAAGGAGGGAGGGUUCUUCUGCUCUGAACAGGGCACCUUGUGAGGUUUGGAGGAGGAAGAGAGAUGUAUGGAACAGAGACACAGACAGAUGAAAGGAUGGAUGGAUGGAAAGGUUGAAAAUCUGUGAGGUCCAAACCGAUCAACCUGCCACAUGCUUCAGCGAGACGCUAGAUUUCAGGGUGGUGGAGAGGGUUGAGAGUUCCUAUAUCUUCUUUCUCUUGUUUGGAAAUAUAACCUCCUCCUUCUUUACUUUUUUACCAGCCCCCAUGUCUCUGAGGAGGUUUACUUUGUUUUUCACUGUGUGGAGGAGGGAGGGCGGUGUUUUCAGGGUUUCAAGUUCAGAGAGUUCUGUCAACGGUUAACCGUAGACCCUGAUAACCUACUGUAGCUGUAAGAUGUCCCAUCAGAACGAUGAAAUCAGACUUUGGAUGUGUACCAAAUGACACCAUAUUCCCUACAUAGUGUAUACCCAAUUCCCUACACAAUGUGUAUAGUGUAGGGAAUUGGAUGCCAUUUUGGCCCAGCAUUUGUGUCCACACUUUUCAUUCAUAGUGAUUUACACAUUUCUGCUUUCCCCUUCAGUUGGCUUCGCAGUUUCCUAAAAAUGAGGACAUCACUGGAUCUGCCACAGAAUGGGCUGAGCUGUUAAAUUUUUACCAGUGGUUCUUUUUGCUGCCGUGUCAGUAAUAAAUUGUGAUGAAUUGA